AUGAUGAACAACGAGACAACAUCACCCUCCUCAUCGAACUUACAAGGAAUGAAAAAAAGUUCGGGUACACUCUCAUCACCCAAUGUUGUCCGAUAUAGCCAACAAGACUUGGGGAAAUUACAUGAAAUGACAAUUGUGGAGAUGGAUGAUGCCGAACCAACAACAGCACCUUUUCCAAAUACUACCGAUAAGACACAACAACAAGAACAACAAGAUGCUACUCCCACACCACUGGAGAGAACAUCGGUAGAUUUUGAUCAAUUUAUGGAAACACAUUCGAGAUUAUUUAGAAGUAGAAGAACAAUGGCUAUUAUUAAUAGUAUUCCAAAGAAACAUGAAGAACCUACUGUUGGUUAUGGUGAUAUUACACCAGUUACAGCUCCUGGUAGAAUUAUUGCAAUUAUGACAAUCUUGUCUGGUAUCAUGAUCAUGGCCCUUCCAUCUAUGGCUAUUGGAGGUAUUUAUGGUAAAUUAUUGACUGAAUUUGAUACUGCUACAGAUCCAGCCAAUAGAGAAAAACAAGAGGAAAGAAAGGAAGCUGAGGAUGAUGGUAUCGAUUUGGAUCUGGACGAAAGUGAAAAAGAGGAGCAAGAUGAAUCGAAACAAAAAUCUUGGCUCUCAGUUGAUGAUAUUCUAUUUGGAAAUCAACCUCAAAGCAAUUCAUUUGGAGAUUUGGGAGAUUGGUCCAAAUUGAACACAAAAGAAAUUUCAAGUGUUGAUGAAAGUGUUCUUGGCAAGAUGGUUGUCCAACAAGAAUUACUCAUGCAAGCUUGCGUUCAACAAAUGGAAGAUAUGAAACAAGUAAUCCAAGAAUUAGAGAAGAAUCUUUAG